AUACCAACGGAGUGGAGUGAGAAAUUGGGGGGAAAAGUGAGAGGAGGAGCAGUGAGAGAAAUUGUAGAUGAGAAAAGAAAACUGAAAGAGGGAGUUUAAGUAAGAGGGCAUACUUCUCCCAGUUUUCUGAAUUUGCUGCCUUAUAUGGUCAAACUGUGGACAGGGAUUUGGUAGAGAAAUGCAGCUCAGGCAGUACACAGCUUCAGUCAGCCUCAUGCACUAAGAGAGCAGAGGACUUUGGAGCAGGGUGUAUGUGUGUGAGAGAGACAGACUGGACACACACAGCAAGACAGUGAGGACAGCUGGCAGUGUGUGAGAUGUGUUAUGGCGUCACAGGGCUCAUGGCAGGGAUAAGCAGGGGAGCUUAACACAGCCAGGAACGAAAGAGCUGCAGAUGAGGAACGAUGACGGAGCGCUAUGACUGUCACUACUGUAAGGAGUCCCUGUUUGGGAAAAAGUAUGUCCUGCGGGAGGAGAACCCUUACUGUGUAAAGUGCUAUGAGAGCCUGUACUCCAACACCUGCGAGGAAUGCAAGAAGCCUAUUGGUUGCAACAGCAGGGACCUGUCAUACAAGGACCGCCACUGGCAUGAGGACUGUUUCCACUGCUUCCAAUGCAAGCGCUCACUGGUGGACAAACCAUUCUCCACCAAGGAUGAGCAGUUGCUGUGUACUGAGUGCUACUCCAACGAGUACUCCUCCAAGUGCCAUGACUGCAAAAAGACCAUCAUGCCUGGCUCCAGGAAGAUGGAGCAUAAAGGAAACAGUUGGCAUGAGACCUGCUUCACCUGUAAGCGCUGCCAACAGCCCAUUGGUACCAAGAGCUUCAUCCCCAAGGACAACAACAACUAUUGCGUGCCCUGCUAUGAGAAGCAGUUUGCUAUGCAGUGUGUGCACUGCAAGAAGCCCAUCACCACUGGAGGUGUGACCUACCACGACCAGCCGUGGCACAAGGACUGCUUCCUGUGCACCGGCUGUAAGCAGCAGCUCUCUGGCCAGCGCUUCACUUCUCGUGAUGACUUUGCCUACUGCCUCAACUGCUUCUGUAAUCUAUAUGCCAAGAAGUGCGCCUCCUGCACUUCUCCAAUCAGUGGGCUUGGAGGGAGCAAGUAUAUCUCUUUUGAGGAGCGCCAGUGGCACAACGACUGUUUCAACUGCAAGAAGUGCUCUGUCUCUCUUGUGGGCCGAGGCUUCCUGACUGAGCGAGAUGACAUCCUGUGCCCCGAGUGUGGCAAAGACAUCUAAGAAUUCACAUAAAGUAGAGAGAAAAAAAACCUAAAGCAUAGUAGCAUGGGUAAACCCUGAUAAACUUAUAUAAAUCCUAGUCAUAGCCAUGAAUUUUAGCAACACUGAUUAUAAAGGUGUACUUUUUAGGAACAGGGGAAUUAACUUCAUUCUCAAUAAGAGCUUCAGCAUUCAAGUUGAGAAUACAAUAAAUGUCACCAGGUAUAUUUUGCCUAGCUGUUUAUUUCUUUUUGGCAUGAGCAAUAAAGAGUUACAAAAUGAGAAAAUCUACUCUCUCUCAUAUAUGUGCAUGCUUCAGAACUUUGAUUAUGUUGAAUAUUAAUGCACUAACCAAAUUAAAAUGAACUCUGCUAGUGAGCCUUUAUGAAUUCAGCACUUGGUUCCUAUUUUUCACAAUCAUCAAUAAAUAAAAUGAGUAGUAAGAUUGUGCCUGGAAUUAUAUUUGUUAAGAUUUCUCAAUAAUGCUUGUAUGCACUCAACAAUGUAUAUAACAAAAUCUAAAACUAAUUAAAACCUUUACAUUUGAAAGA